UAAGUUUCAUUACGUCCAUUUGUUUAUUUUUAUUUUUAUUUUUAUUUCCAUUACUCUACGAGGUGGGUCAGAAAGGAUCUUGCUGUGAUUUAUGUCAUAAAGUGUUCUGCCUAUGUUUUCCUCUCAGAGUUUUAUAGUGUCUGGCCUUACAUUUAGGUCUUUAAUCCAUUUUGAGUUUAUUUUUGUGUAUGGUGUUAGGGAAUGUCCUAAUUUCAUUCUUUUACAUGUAGCUGCCCAGUUUUCCCAGCACCACUUAUUGAAGAGGCUGUCUUUUCUCCAUUGUAUGUUCUUGCCUCCUUUGUAAAGCAGCCCAUGCAGCUCUUUAUCAAAAAAAACCAAACAACCCAAUCCGAAAAUGGGCAGAAGAUCUAAAUAGACAUUUCUCCAAAGAAGACAUACAGAUGGCCAAACAAAUACAUGAAAAGAUGCUCAACAUCACUAAUCAUUAGAGAAAUGCAAAUCAAAACCGUAAUGAGGUAUCACCUCACACCAAUCAAAAUGGCCAUCAUCAAAAAAUCUAGAAAAGCAGAAGCCGGUUGGAACCUGCGACGUCUUGUAGUUGUCUGAAGAUCCUUCAAUCACUAUGUCAAGCGACACAGAUGAUUCUCUUUCUUCAUAUGAUGAAGAUCACGGAUCUAAACUUAUCCAAAAAGCUAGAGAGGCAUCAUUUGUCCCCACUGGAAUGGCAGGUUUUGCAACAAUCGUUGCAUAUAGAUUAUAUAAAUUGAAGAGCAGGGGAAAUACUAAAAUGUCUGUUCACCUGAUCCACAUGUGCAUGGCAGCCCAAGGCUUUGUUGUGGGAACAAUGACUUGGUAUGGGCGAUUCCAUGUAUCGAGAAUUCUGGGCAAAACCUAAACCUUAGAAGAGGAGACGUUGUCUUGGUCUCAUUGGUGGUGCUUGCUUUAGUUAGACAUCUCAUAUUGAGGUUAUAUGUUUAUGUUGAAAAUAAAUUCUUUGGGUCGGACAAUAACAUGGUAAUUUGAAUACUGGCUUCCUUUCUUGCAGGCUUGAUUUGCCUGGUGACCAGGUUACUGGUGACUAGUUCACUAGCUAGGUCAUUCAGGGGAGGCAGAUUAGCACAAAAACAUGUCAUUUUUAAAUGCUCUUGAUAGUGGUACAAUGUCUACCUUCUUAAACUCUUCUGAUGAAAUUAGUUUUAAAGAGGACAACAUGCCAAUCCUGAUAAUGCUCCCAGUUGCUGCAGAAUAUCAUAUGCUUUUGAGGUAAUAUAGGAAUCCUAUUUACCCCAGUUAAUUUAACUCUUUCUGACUGCCUUGUGGACUGAGUACUGUUUUAAGGGCUGGUUGGCUCUAGAGGAACCCUUUCAAAACAGUGCACAGAAUACAACAUUAUAAAUCUCCUGGCAACUAUAUGUGUGUUUUUAAGCCAAACCUAAAAAGCUGGUAAGAGAGCUGCUUUGAAGUAGUAUUUAUUUCAGAAUCAUAGUUGUAAACAUGAGAAUAACUUAACUGUAGAUCCCCAUUUAGCUCGUUUGUAAUUGC